CUUUUCCGGCCGCCGCAAGCAAACUGGAAAUUUGUACCCCUCACCUCUCUCAGUUGACACUUCUCCAACUCGCCCUUUUCAACUCUUUAUCCGUAUCACGGAUUCGUGAUUUGCUAAGAGCGCAAUCGGCUCAGGUUCUGGAAAAUUAGAUUUCAAACAAUCUGAUUCUAUACCCGUCGAGCCAUCCGCGCAAAAUAUUGCAAUACCCCGCAAUUAUCGCCAUGUCUGCGUCGGCUUCUGCAUCGCAGCGUGUCCCCGUCGAGGACGACGUGCGCUCUUAUUCUUCUGAGGAGUCCGACAUCAGCAAUGAGGAAGGAUGGGAAGAUGUCGAGCCCGAUGACGAGACCCAGCCAGUUGUCGGCCUAUUCUCCGACAAAGUCUACCCCGACGUGCUGUCCAUGUUGAAAGAAACCAAAGACAAGCACAACUUUGACCUGCGAGGAAUUCGGAAGGAGUUCGACUUGGACUUUUUGGGCACUAUCAAGUUGGUCAACUACAUCCGUUCCCAGGUCAAGCAGGGCAACAUGUCGCCCGAUGUCUCCUCCAAGGAUAAAUUUGACGACGAGCUCUACUUGAUGCCGGUCCUGGAGGAUGAUGCUCUACUGUACAGCUUGGAUGACAUUGAUGAAGAAGCCCCAGAUGCUGCAGGGGAGACGGACGCCGAGAGGCGAGUAAUUGAGCUGCAGGAGGACCUUGAGCGCCUUCAGACACAAUUUUCCGAAUAUCGAGACGCGGUCCAGAAGUCAAUGGAAGAACAACUUUCCAAGGAGGAUGAGAAGCUCAAAACAAGCCCCAAUGCUCCUAGUGCACGACGAACCACCAGCAAGAUUGAGGAGGCUGAUGCGGAUUACUUCGUUUCCUACUCAUACAAUGGCAUUCACGAGUCCAUGCUUAAAGACACUGUUCGCACUGAAGCUUACCGGGACUUCAUCUACGAGAACAAGCAUGUUUUCAAGGAUAAGGUUGUCCUGGACGUAGGUUGCGGAACCGGAAUUCUGUCCAUGUUCUGCGCCAAGGCUGGGGCUCGCAAGGUCAUCUCCGUUGACAACUCGAACAUCAUCGAUAGAGCCAAGGAGAUCAUCUAUGAGAACGGCUUCGGGGACAUCAUAACCUGCAUCCGUGGCAAGAUCGAGGAAGUCACACUGCCCGUCCCGCAGGUGGAUAUUAUCGUCUCUGAGUGGAUGGGUUACGGUCUUCUUUUUGAGGCCAUGUUCGACUCGGUAAUCUAUGCUCGGGACCGCUACCUUGCCCCCGGAGGUCUAAUGGCUCCUUCGCAUGCUACCCUCCGCAUCGCCCCAUUCGCGGACUCCGAAUUCAUUUCGUCGCACAUCACAUUCUGGAAGAGUGUCUACGGUUUCAACAUGAAGAGCAUGCUUACCGGUAUCUACGAUGAGGCGCUUGUCCGAAGUGUACCGCCGUCAUCGAUCCCCGGAGAUUCCGAUGUCUUUCUGCCUCUUCCGCUGCAUACCAUAACGGUUGAAGAACUGUCCUUUUUGAAGGAGUUCAAGGUCACUCUCAACGAAGACAUUGAUGCGCUUGAUGGUUUCGCUAUCUGGUUCGACAUCUUCUUCAUGCCUUCCAGGGACUCCCCCCUUGCGGACGAUGCACUCCCCUCUGAUAUGCAGAAGAAGGGCAUUGUUGCUUUUACCACCGGGCCUCACGGCACUGAAACACACUGGCAGCAAACCAUCUGCCUCAUCGAUCAGGAGAAGAAGAAGGCCCUCCCCCUUAAGAAAGGCCAAACGAUCACUGGUAAGGUCGGUUACCAGAAGAAGGAGGCAGGAUCCCGGUCAUUGGACAUCAGUAUUGAGUGGGAUACUGAAAAUGAGAAGGGCUCUCAGCUGUGGAGUUUGCAGUGA